UUUUUGAAUGCUCGUAACUUAGCAUUGACUUUAUAUUUAAUCUAUGUGAUUAGGAUGUUUGACGACAUAAUUAAGAUGUAAUUUCUUAAUUAUUUUAAUGAAACCUAAGUAUUUCACCUACUGUACUAGAAAUGUCUACCUCAGGACUUGGUCAGCGUAUUGAGGAUUAUGAUGUUCUUGACUUACUGGGUAAAGGAGGCUUUGCUUCUGUCUAUCGAGCAAGAUGCAGAAAGACCUUUAUGGAAGUUGCCAUCAAGAUGAUUGACAAAAACCUGAUGUUUCAAAAGAAGAUGGAGAAACGGGUUGUAGAAGAAGUAAAGAUUCACUCCCAACUGAAACAUCCUUCGGUUUUGGAACUUUACACUCGCUUUGAAGACAAGAACUAUGUUUAUUUGGUUCUAGAACUAGCCCACAAUGGAGAGUUGCACCGUUACAUGAAGGCCAACAACAUUGUCUUCACUGAAGAACAAGCCAAGGAGAUCCUAAAGCAAGUGGUGGAUGGUUUGAGAUAUCUUCACUCACACAACAUUAUCCAUCGAGACAUGACUCUCUCCAACCUCUUGCUCACCAAGGACCAUCGAGUGAAAAUAGCAGACUUUGGUUUAGCUACCAAGUUAGCUUACCCGGGAGAAACCCACAAGACCAUGUGUGGAACACCGAACUACAUCUCACCUGAGAUCGCCCUGCGCAGGACCCAUGGUCUAGAGACUGAUGUCUGGGGUCUCGGCUGUGUGUUGUUUACGCUGCUGGUCGGACGACCUCCCUUCGACACCCGAGCGAUACAGAUUACGCUGGAAAGAGUGAUCAACCUUGAUUAUCAUAUUCCUGACUAUCUAUCCAAUGAAGCCCGGGACUUGAUCAUGAGAUUGCUGCAAGAGAAGCCAGAAGAUAGGAUACACCUGGAUCAGAUACCAAGCCAUCCAUUUAUGAAUGAUACGCCAUCUGUGCCGUUUUAUAAACAACAGAGCGGUCACACGGUGGAGAGUGGUCUAGGGACUACUCUGGCGACGACUGGAUGUACUCGUCAAGACACGUUCUCUCCUCAUCACAGCAAACACGCUAGUAUACGGUCAAGAUCAUUAGACAGACGUGACACCUCUAAGGUGACGAGCGGACUGAGACAAAAGUUACAAAACAUCCUCCCUCUGCAAGGCAGGUCUCCUAUGAGUCCGAACUUCCUUCCAUCUCGUCAGCAACAAGCGUACUUCCACGGAGACCAAGACCGACUGGAGACAAGCACUCACAGCAGGAAGGAUCGGUCGAUGCAGGAACUGGUCAGAUCAGGAUGUUCGAGGCAUGAGUCAAGCUGCUCUCAACAGUCUCAACGCAGUAAGCAAUCGUGUGAAAGAAUGGGUGGGAGAAGUAAUUGUGACGAGGAUAGGUGCGAAAGUGUGAAAUGCAGUUCUCACAAAUACGGAAAGAACGACAGUUGCUGCGGAAGCAGUCACAGUCGUGCUCGUAGCCAAGACGGAGUUGAUCUUGAUAUGAAGAAUAUUCAAUGUCGGACAUGUGGUCUGGCCAGUGAGGGCUUGUACUCCCAGUGUCUACAAUGUCGCAGGAUAGACCAUGUUGACGACGGCUGCAGAAAUCAGGAAUGCGAUUGUUCUAGAAGAUCAAAAUGUCAGUGUGAAAAUGAACGUGAAUGUUUACCAGCGAAUGAUCGUGUUAGGGAACAUAGAGAAAUAUUGCACAGCGUAAUGAAUACUGAGAGAAAGUUUUUGCCUGACUUGAGACUUGCUUUGCCAGAACCAGGUGGGAAAAGUAGAACGCCCCGCUCCAGAUCAUCUGAACGUUUACCUCCACAAGACGAAGAAGAUGAGGAUGCUGUUAAUGAGUUUGUGGGGAUAAAAAUCAACAAAAAUGAAAAGAGGAAUUUAGAUCAUGUUCCGUUGAAUGUUCCCCCUCUCUGCUCAGUGAGAUUGAAGCCUGCAAGGUAUAAAACCAGUAAUUUCGUAGUGAGUAUCUUGGAAACUGGCGAAGUGUGUUUGGAGAAGUUGAAGAAAAGAAAGAACGGGAAGAGAGAAAAAGUUGUUGAAGUUUGUAGGAUAUCAAGUGAUGGAUUAAGGGUACUCGUCUACUGCCCCGACUCUGACCGAGGUGUGAUCGUAGGCGAUGUGCCUCCGCCAGUCCCCACCACCGGAGCAGAUGCUGUCUACAGUUAUCACUCUCUACCUACGCAGUACCAUCGUCCCUACGAGACUGCGGCUAGGUUUGUGAGGCUCCACCAAGCUCAGACUCCAAAAGUUACCCUCCACAGCUCCCUCGCGUCUUGCUUUCUCAUGGAGAACUCACCCAACAAUGAUUUUCAUGUUAAAUUCUACACAGGGUACAAACUAUUGAAAGCUGAUAUCAACAAGGGUGUCAUAAAGCUGCUUGAUCCUGAUGGGAAAACGAAAGACCUGGAUGAGAAUGAUUUGGGGUACCUUUCUCCUCAACUUCAGAAGAUGUGGGAUCACUUCCAACAGAUGCUGGAGCAUUGUCUAUUAGUUGAGAAGGUUUUGGAGCAGAUAUCUACCCAUAAUUCUCCCUGCUUCCCCGUAACCAUUGGCAGCAAACCUGCAAUCCAUGGUGUGUUCAAAGGCAAAGAGAACGCCUCUGUUCCCACACCUAAUCAGAGAUUGCCUUUGCUGGGUUCUUACGAGGUAUCAGAGGCCUCUGUAACGUCAAAGGCUUCCCAUGCUAACGUGCGGAGUCAUUCUCGUGCAUUGGACAUCAAAUCUGUCAAUCAUCAGGUUGCUGUGAGUGGAAUGUCAGACACUUCUACCAACUCUCGUCACAAGCCAGGAGCGAAGGAUCGAACUUUGGACCUUCCGCACUUGCGAGCUGUAGCGACCAAGAAACCGGGUGGUGAGCUGAAGAUCAUGUACCGUGACGGCACUGAGCUUGCCUACAAUGAACCGGCCGGCACUAUUGAGUACCGAGACGGUUCUCGGACGGCACGUUACCGCACAUCAGACACUCACAGUUUGCCUGACACCGUUCGGCACAAACUGGCCCAAGUCCCUGACAUUCUGUGGCACUUCCUGCCAGCUGACAAGCGUCAGAGACCUCGUACCAUCAGAUAGCGAAAAUACCAUCUCUGUUGAACAUGUUAGUUCUUUACCAAGUAAGGAGGCUGGUCACUUAAGAGAUAAGUGGUAAUUUGUUUGAAUAUUGAAAGUAAUAAUAGGUAAUCCUUAAAACUCAGAUUUUUUUAUAGGUACUUGUAAAUAUUGAAUGCAAACGUUUAGUAAUGUAUAUAUAACUAAAAAGUGUAGAAAUAUAUACUAUUGAAGAGAUCAAAUUAAUUUAAACUAGUUUUUAAGCGUUUAAUGUGUUUUUUUUCUGUACUUAAAGUUGUAUUUGUUAUCUUAAUUUGAUUGGUAAAUUAAAGUUGCUCAAAAGUAUU